UUAAAAACUCCCCCUUUGGUAGUGCAAAGCGGAAGGAAUAUUUUUAAGUUAGGACAUUGCCCUGUAGAAAGCUCCCUAGUAUAGCAGAGCAAAUUCUCCGCUAGUCGCAGUAACAAAAAUGGCUUCUGUCGGCGCAGGAGGAGGAGUGGUAGAAUGGCACCUAAGGCCACAAGUACCAAAAAACCCAGUUGUGUUUUUCGAUGUAACAAUCGGCAACAUCCCUGCUGGUCGCAUCAAGAUGGAGCUCUUCGCCGAUAUCACUCCCAAAACUGCUGAGAAUUUCAGGCAACUGUGCACGGGAGAAUUCAGGAAAGCAGGAGUACCACAAGGUUUCAAGAAUUGUCAGUUCCAUAGGGUGAUUAAGGACUUCAUGAUCCAAGGUGGUGAUUUCCUAAAGGGAGAUGGUAGUGGAUGUGUUUCCAUAUAUGGAAGCAAGUUUGAGGAUGAAAACUUUAUCGCCAAGCACACUGGUCCUGGCCUAUUAUCAAUGGCAAAUAGCGGACCAAACACUAAUGGAUGUCAGUUUUUUGUCUCAUGUGCUAAGUGCGAGUGGCUUGACAACAAGCAUGUUGUUUUUGGGCGUGUUCUUGGAGAUGGUCUUUUAGUGGUCAGGAAGAUUGAGAAUGUGGCUGUUGGAGCUAACAACAAACCAAAACUGGCAUGCGUGAUUGCUGAAUGUGGGGAGAUGUAACUGGUGAAAAUAAAUGUACCCCUAGUGUGAUUUGAUCUAUGGAUACUAAAGGUUUCAGUACAUGAGAACACCCAUCUGUACCUGUGGUUAUAUUCUCUUGGCAUAGUCUAGAAGACCCGUUGAGUUGAUUAAUGAGCUCUUUAUCACUUUAAUUGACAUUAAACAGUAGACUCUCCCUCUCUCCAGAAUCGUAGCGAACAAGAAAAAUGCACGUGUUUCCUAUAUGUCAAAGUACAUUGGAAGAUUUAUAUUCUAUGUUUGUAUUUAGUUAAUCGUCUAGUGAACAUACUUCUGAAAUUCCCACACUAUUAUGGGAGAAUAUAUAAAGGGAUAAUUAUUGUUA